AUGGCGUCUUCGGAGGACGUAAACGUACGGAUUUGCGGACAAGAAAUAAUAAAAUAUGACCUGGAGAUAAAAGCUCUUAUCCAGGACAUCAUCGAUUGUCCUGGACCGCUGUCCGCUCUCACCGAGUUCAACUCUCAGGUCAAAGAGAAACUUAACAAGCUGAGGCUCAGGAUACAGGAUCUGGAGCAGAUGGCCCAGGAGCAAGACACGGAGCCAAACAGACUGUCCAUCCUCGCCGAGACGGAGAGCCAGCGACGCCAGAUGCUGAGCAACCAGACAGCCUGGAGGAAAGCCAACUUGGCCUGUAAACUAGCCAUAGACAACACGGAGAAAGACGAGCUUCUGCACGGAGGAGAAACUCUGGGCACCAGACAGAGGAAGGUGACCAAAGAAAGUUUAGUGGAAAGCAGCAGCAGCAUCACGGAGAGUCUGAUGUCCAUCAGCCGGAUGAUGUCGGAGCAGGUGAAGCAGAGCGAGGACGCCAUUGGGACUCUGGCCACCUCCUCUAGAACGGUGCAGGAAACCAACGAGGAGUUCAAAAGCAUGACGGGAACCAUCCACCUGGGGAGGAAGCUGAUUCUAAAGUACAACCGCAGGGAACUCACAGACAAGCUGCUCAUUUUCUUGGCUUUAGCGCUUUUCUUCGCCACCGUCCUCUACAUCCUCAAGAAACGCCUCCUCCCCUUCAUUUAAUGAGCCGGCCGGGUCUACGCCGGCCUGUUCCCAGGGAGAGUUUAAGAUAUGAGGAAGACAUGGAGCAGAAGCAGCAUUAAGACUAUGUGUUUACAGGAGGCAAAAAAAAAAAAAAAAAAGCUGUUUUAAUAUGCAUUUGGUUAGUUUACAAAAAUCAGCUGCGAUUUUUCUUUUAAGUUCCCAUGAACAAGAAUAGAUGAGGACUAAAGCUGCUCACUGCCUGAUUUUUCUUGAAAUAAUGUUUGAACUAACUGGGAUAAACGUUUGGACAUCUAGAGAUGCGAGUUUUCUGGCUGAUUGGUCCAAAAAAGGCCGUUUCUCCACACGAUGCGUCUUUUUUCCUGCUUUCCUUUUUUCCUCGGUUAGUGGAGAAGCCUUCUCCUCAAUAUGAUCUCUGGAUGGAGAUCCACCGUUCUUUAGCUCUUUGUUCUUCUAAAAGCAUCCUCAGAAACACCCAUGGAGGUUUUUCAUCGUGCAUUGCGAUUUGUUAAUCUAAGCAUGUUGCACAGAUAUUUAUGUUCCCUUACAGCUAUAAAAUGGACCUGGAGCUUCACCCCUUUUUCCAGUUUUUCACAUCUAUGCCAGAGGAAUUAAAAAGGCACGGUGGCAAAGUGCUAAAACAAAAAUGUCCUCGUGAAAUAUGCCAGAUCAAAGUUUACACGUCCUGAAAACAUCAGGAUCCGCUUGAUGAAUGUCUGCAAAAGGGCUGAAAGUCAAGCGCUUAAUGUUUGAAUGAAGUUUUUUUACAAUGUAGUUCUCAGUGCUUUGCUCUCAUUUGUCGAGCAGCGCUGUGUAUUUACUUGAAAAUGAAACUUAACUUAAA